AUGAUCCCCACAGAAGCUGACCCAGUCAGCCAUGCCACCCCCAGGACAUCAGCCGCACCCAACACCGACACACCUGGCAUCCCAGUGACGCCAAAGAAUCGAUCGUCGACGAUUUCAUCCGUGAAUGGCAGCCUUAGACGCGUCUCCUUGGGCUUCCAAGGGUCAAAACUGCCUGAUGGAUUCUCGGCGGCUACUGGAGGCAUCGCAUCAACAGUCUUUUCGCGCCAAGUCAAGCAAGCCCCCAACACCACUGGCGCCGCGCGAGUCGAGCGCAUACCUUUGACCGAAGUCGAUUCAACCCCAAAUCAGAAGAGUUCUGGAGAACCCUCGACAAGAGGGAAAUCACCUGUCGAACCCCCUGAGGCGGCAUCGUUCCCGAAUGGCUACCACUUUCCACCGAAACAUACCUUCGCCCAGUCGAGCCGAGAUGGUGCGCUUGCCUUCUGGAAGUACUUCAUAACACCAGUCGGGUUUAUCGUUACUAUAUAUGGCUUAAAUAUCGUCGCGUGGGGUGGCAUGCUGUUUCUACUACUGUGCAAUGCCUCUCCCGCAAUGUGCUACCCAACUUGCAAUGAUAUCGACUCGCCACGAAGGAAAUGGAUAGAAUGGGACUCGCAGAUUCUGAACGCCCUAUUCUGCGUUACAGGGUUUGGACUUGCCCCUUGGCGGUUCCGAGACCUCUAUUAUAUACUUCAAUAUCGACUCGCGAAGGACGACACUGGGUUGCGCCGCCUUGCCGGAAUCCACCGUGGCUGGUUCAGACUUCCCGGAUCGGAGACCGUACCAAUCGACUUUGGGCCGAAAAACGCGGAAACGAGGACAAGUGAAGUUGCUCCAGCUCUCUUGCCAUUUCCAGCAGCAGCCAUCCCUGAUAUUCCCCUUACGGGCGUCCGGGCUCCUGGUUCUCAGGUGUGGAAGCUGGACUUGGUGAUCUGGCUCAUGGUUUGGAACACCUUCCUCCAGAUAGUUUUGUCGGUUUUCAUGUGGCACUUUAACCGGUUUACUCGCCCCAGCUGGGCGACUGGCUUGUUCGUCGCUCUGGCUUGUCUUGUGGCUGCCGCUGGCGGGUAUAUUAUGUUUCUGGAGGGAAAGCGAGUUAAGAGCAUUGAGGGUGUUCCAUUGAGCCAAGAUGAUCUAGACCGGCUAGAGAAGGACAGAGAGAACGGUAAUUUUCGGGGCCAGCAUGGAAAAGCCUAUCUUUUCCAUACGGUCGUCAAUGUCGAGGCCGGAGAAGCCAACGAGCGGAACAUGACCACCGGCCGGCACGUUGUUCGUGAUAUCGUAUGCCGCCAGUGCAGAGAAACAGUCGGUUGGAAGUAUGACAAGGCAUACGAAAGUUCCGAAAAGUACAAGGAGGGGAAGUUUAUUCUUGAAGCCGAGCUCUUGUGCACCGUCACAUGA